AUGGCGUCUUUCCUCGCUGCCGGUUGGCAGACAUGUGAAGGAGAAUCACUUUGCUGCUGGAUGAUUUUCUAUCGGACCACCUUCAGUCAAGCACCCACUGGCGUGACGGCUGUUCCCCGGCCUGCUCGCCUACAGUGCGCCAUCUCCACGGCCGGAGUAUGCUCCCGACGAGCGGCCGAUGAACUGAUCUUCGAGGGCCACGUCAAGAUCAAUGGCGUUGCAGUGCACGAGCCAGGGACUCGGGUGGACCUCGGCAAAGACAAGGUCAUCGUCAAGGGAAAGGCGCUCACUCCCCAGAUCGCGUCGCGGCGCUUCUACUUUGCCAUCAACAAGCCCAAGGGGUACAUCUGCAGCAGCCUGGCAACCGCCCCAAACCCGCGGCCAGAGCGCCUUGUCACCUCGCUGCUCGACCCAUGGUUGAGGGAGUGGCGGGCGCGCGCCCCUGCCGCCGUGCUUCCCCCUCGCUUCUUCACCGUCGGCCGCCUGGACGCACAGUCCGUGGGCCUCAUCUUUGUCACUAACGACGGCGAGUGGGCGCAGAGGGUCAUGCACCCCUCAUCAAACCUCACCAAGGAGUACUGCGUGACCCUGGAGUCGCGGCCCCGCCUGCCCGACCUGCAGCGGCUGGCGGCGGGGGCGGCCAUGGAGGACGGCACCUGGGUCACGCCCGUGUCCGUCACGCUGGACGACAGCGUCGCCUCCAAGCCCAACCGCGUGCGCAUCGUGGUGGCGGAGGGCCGGAACCGCGAGGUGCGGAACCUGGUUGCGGCGGCGGGGCUCACGCUGCGCACGCUGCGCCGCACGCGCAUCGGCGGCUACCGCCUGGACCCAGGCGUGCCCUUCGGCGCGGUGCGAGAGCUCAGCGUGCGCGACACGCGCCGAGUCCUGGACCGCGGCGCCCAGGACCGGGCCUGA